UUUAAAUCUAUAAACAAUUACGUCAUACUAAUUUAUAUUUUAUUAAACUAAAUCGUAGUGCGCAAUAAUUGUCACCUUUCUCCGCAAUUAUUAUUUGAAAUUUAAAAAAAAAAGCAAUCAAAUUACGCGGGAAAAAAUUGAUGCCGGUUAUAAAAUGCUUGCAAACUAAUAUUCAGUAAUACAAAUAAUAUCAGUGUACAUAACAUAUUUUUAAAUUUAAAAAAUAAUUACUCUAAUUAAAUUGUUGAUAAAAAUAAUUGUGGGUUAAAUCUGCGUAUAAUUAAACAAAAUCACUGAUAAUGUCACGUGAUAUUCGGUCAUACUUUUCAUUUCCAAAAGGACAAAAUAAAACUCCGCCAGCUGUCAAACCAACAAAAGUCAAUAAAAAACCAUUGGUGUCAUCUGACGAGGACGAAUCUCAUGCUUCCAGUUCAAAUAAUAAAAAUAAAACUAAAAAAACUAGAAAACCGGGAAAACAUAUUUUGUCAGACUCCGAAGACGAAGAGACGGUAACUAAGAAGACCAGCAUCUCCAGGAGUCCAGUUAAAAAGGAGAAGGUGAAGGAGAAAGAAAAAGAAAAAGAAUUGAAACCUGUGACACUUGACAGUGUCUUUGGUAAGGAACCGAUCAAACGUAAAAAUUUGUCUGUACCAAAAAAAUUACAAGAGGAGGAGGCAAGUUUUCAUGAUGACAAAGAGUUUGAGGCGACACUGAGUCAGUUGGACACAACGGAUAUUGAGUCGAUGAUCCUGGAUGAGGAUAAGAAGAAAAAUGCACAGUCUAGUGUAAAACGCAAGACGAGUAAUAGCGAUAAUGAAACUCCGCCUAAAAAAUUUAAACUCAGUGAAGAUGCAAAAGAAAAGGAAAAGGAAAAAGAAAAAGAAAAAGAAAAAUUAAAGGACACGAAUCGAGACAAAGUUAAAGUCAAAGAUAAAGAUAAGAAAGAAGGUAAAAAAGCAGCGCAUUCAAAUCUGAAGGUUGAAGUUGACAAAAAGAAAAAAGAGGACAGUGAAGAUGCAGCUGAUCCAUAUGAAGAAAAUAUCAAUAAGAAGAAACAACAUGCUGCUGCUUACCAACAGUACUUGCAUAGAGGGGGAGCUAGAAAUCCUGGAUCUAAGGAAAUUCCUAAGGGAGCUGUAAAUUGUCUAGCUGGUCUGAGUUUUGUGGUAACUGGAGUUCUUGAAUCUUUGGAGCGCAAUGAAGUUGAUGAUCUGAUCAAGCAGUAUGGCGGUCGCGUCGUCGCGGCACUGUCUAGGAAAACAAAUUAUCUUGUAGUAGGAGACGCUGCUGGAGAAUCAAAGCUCGCUAAGGCUGAUUCUCUGCAUGUUAAAAAGGUAACUGAGGACGAUUUGCUGGAGAUGAUUCGCACAAGACCGCCGGGAAAGUCAACCGAUGUGAUACACAAUCGCAGCAAAAAGAAAGACACUAGUCUCAAUAAAUCGUCUACUGACGAUGACUUUAAGUCGCCGCCGAAAAAACCUUCUGUUGAAGUCAAGUCUGCAAGAGACGAAAAAAGUCCCGUUAAAACUCCAGUUAAAAAGGUGGUCAAGGAUGAGGACAGUCUUUUCAAAGCCCCGGCAGCUUCCAAGGAGAAUUCAACGAGUACAUCAACUUCUAUCGAAACAGCAAGACCUUCAACUAGCAAAGAUUCAACCCCAGUUAAAGCGGAAGUCGGUGGCGAUCAUAUUCAAGCUCUGGUAGAAAAGUACCGUCCGAAAACAAUGAAACAGAUAAUAGGCCAGCACACAGACAAAAGUUGUGCUAAAAAACUUUAUUUCUGGAUAAUGAACUGGCACAAAAAUCAAAGUGGUAAAGUAAAGCCAACUAAACCUUCUCCGUGGGCUAAAAAUGACGACGGAGGAUUUUUCAAAGCCGCCUUGAUGUCCGGUCCACCUGGUAUUGGUAAGACGACUACUGCGCAGGUAGUCUGUAAUGAACUGGGCUACGAUCUAGUUGAAUUCAAUGCUUCGGAUACCCGGAGCAAGCGUCUGCUCAAAGAAGAAGUAUCAACUCUGCUAUCAAACACCAGUGUCAAGGGUUACUUCUCAAAUAAUUCCGAAACUAAAGCGUCCAAGAAACAUGUCCUGCUGAUGGACGAAGUCGACGGCAUGGCUGGUAAUGAAGAUCGCGGUGGACUCCAAGAACUCAUAAGCCUGAUAAAAGCAUCAGAUGUUCCCAUUAUUUGCAUCUGUAAUGACCGCAAUCACCCCAAGAUGAGGACCCUCUCAAACUAUACCUUCGAUUUAAGAUUCCAGAAGCCCAAACUGGAGCAGAUUCGCGGGGCGAUGAAGUCGCUCUGCUGCAAAGAAAAUAUUUCCAUAUCUACUGAGAACCUGGACCGAUUGGUACAGUCGACCAACUUUGACAUCCGGCAGGUCAUCAAUCACCUGGCGAUGCUCAAAGGUGAGCCAGCUGACAAAAAAGAGAGCAGGAUAUCUGGUGACAUCAACAAAGAUCUCAAACUCGGGCCUUGGGAUGUCGUCCGCAAAGUCUUCAGCGCGGAAGAGCACAAAAAUAUGAGCAUUCAUGACAAGAGCGAUUUAUUCUUCCACGAUUACAACAUUGCUGGGCUAUUCGUUCAGGAAAAUUAUUUAUCAGUCGUACCCAAAGCUCCCAAGGACCAAGUGUUGGAAAGAAUUGCCAGCAGUGCUGACAGCUUGUCAAUGGGCGACCUCGUAGAGCGGGCGAUUCGCGAGAAAAAUUCAUGGGCGUUACUGCCAGUGCAAGCUUGCUACUCAUCUGUAAUUCCCGGAACCCUGAUGUCGGGACACAUCGGCGCGCAAAUUAAUUUUCCCUCGUGGCUUGGACGCAAUUCCAAGCGCGGUAAAUUUGACAGAAUAUUACAAGAGUUGACGGUACACACGCGGCUUGUUACUGGCGCCAGCAAGGAAGCAAUUAAUAUUGAUUAUCUUAAUGCGCUGAGAGAUAAAAUAACUCGCCCGUUGGCACUCAAUGGUACUGAAGGUGUUGACACUGCUGUUGAUGUCAUGAAUCAUUACCAUUUACUCAGGGAAGAUUUAGAUGGACUGGUUGAAGUUUCUUUGUGGCCUGGACAGCGCGAUCCUUUCCAAGUAAUUGAUUCAAAAGUAAGGGCAGCGUUCACGCGGUCUUAUAAUAAAAAUUCAAUUAUGACACCUUUUGCUGCGCCGGCGAGCAAGAAAAAAGCCGCGGGAGAUUUAACUUCUGAAGACUCUGGAUACAUGGAUGCGGGGGAAGAAACUAUUUCUGAUACUGAUGAUGAUGACAGUUUAGAAGCUGACCGCAUGGUCAAGGCGAAAAAAACUACUGGGAAAAAAGAAGCAGCGAAAAGUACAACUAAAAAAACUACCUCGAAGCCUCCGGCGGAUAAACCGGCGAGCAAACGCGGCCGAGGCCGUGGAAAAUGAAAUGAUUUCUUUUUUUUUCAUACUG